AUGGGCAACCAGCACUCCGCCUCACACGUCUCUCACAAACCUAGAAAGAACGUGCACUGGAAGUCCGCAGGGCGACCGGCGGCGCCCGGCAAGCCACAUAUAACACCGAUUUUAUCCGACGAUGAGCCGAACGCUAUAACUCUACGAUGGGCGCCUCCCGCACACGAUGGAGGUGCGCCUCUGCAAGGUUAUCAAGUGGAAUGCAACAGACUGGGCUCACCGGAUUGGAUCAGAACUGCACCGCCUGUCGUGGCUCGGCCAGAGCUGGUCCUUACGGGUCUCGGUCCACCCCAUCGUUACCAGUUCCGGGUUGCUGCGCUAAACAUAGUCGGUCGUUCUGAUUAUAGCGAAAUAUCUGAUAUACUGACUGUAAACUCCGAACGCAACCUGCAAGAAGCACCAUUAUUCCUUCAGCACCUGGAAGAUAUGACUGUUCUCGAAAACGAAAAAACAGAGUUUCGUGUCGUUUUCACCGGCACACCGCCUCCGACAAUUGCUUGGUUUAAAGAUGAUUACGAAAUUUUUAGCAGUAGAAGAACUGCAAUAACCACAAAUGAAUCAUCAAGUGUCCUCAUCUUCCAUCAAACCCUAUCCAGUGAUGAAGGUGAAAUUAAAUGUACUGCGACCAACCGCAUUGGUCACGCGAUAUCAAGAGCACGUCUCGUGCUUGAAGCUGCGCCCAAGUUACGUUACCCACGGCAAUACGAAGAUGGCCUCUUAUACGAAAUAAACGAGACAGUUUUCUUGAAAACAACUAUAGUGGGUAAGCCGACGCCAACUGUGGAGUGGCGCCAUGACGGGCAGCCAAUAGUCGUUGACGAUCGCGUAGAAAUCACUACCACCCCGAAAUUUUCGAUCUUGAAGAUACAUUCUGCGCGCAGAAGCGAUAGGGGCGAGUAUCAAAUACAUGCUCGCAACAAUAUAGGUGAGGACACAGCCGCGUUCCUAGUGACGAUUACUGCUCCACCGGACCCGCCUCGACGAGUCUCAGUCACCCGUCAAGUAGAUAAGUCUGUGACCCUAGACUGGGAGGCUCCCAAAGACGACGGAGGAUGUCGAAUAGGCAAUUAUGUAGUCGAAUACUACCGUAGCGGAUGGAAUGUUUGGUUAAAGGCGACAACAAGUCGCAAGACAAGCGUCACAUUGUUCGAUUUAAUCGAAGGAAGCGAAUAUCGAUUCCGUGUGAAAGCAGAGAGCCCAUACGGUAUGAGCGCGCCGAGCCCCGAAUCGCCACCUGUUCGCAUACCAGGACGAGCUGUCGAUAUGGAAUUUCUAGCGGUAGAAUCGCGUAUUAUAAAUCAAGUGUUAACGCAAGAGGGAGGAGAGGCAACUGUGUCACCAGUACCGCGUCGCAAGCGAACACAUGCGGCACCAAAAACAAUUAAUGAACCAUCUUCAUCUUCGGAACCUCCAACACAGAAAGAAAAGCCGAGCGCUUCGCCAACGCGAGAGCAUGGUGGAAGUAACGAAUUCAUGCUAGUGCUUUACCCCGAAAGUCGGAAAUCGGCCGAUAAAACUGAGAAAAGGAAGUCGUUUCAACUUGACUUGGAAGAUGCCCUGUCGCCACCUCCACUUUCGCUCUCAGCACCUGAGCUUAGCUCACGAUGUAUCCUACCCUUCAAGGCACUACGUAAUGCUGUCAGCUCAACUGAACUCCUGCACGAGCGUGCGAUGGCGCGCUUCUACAAAGCAGUGGCUAUGAAGGAAGAGCAAACCAAGCAAAAAGACGAAAAAUCAAAUAAUCACGAAAUGAAAAAUCAUAACGACAUUCCGCAUAUACCAGACAUUAAUCAGCCCGAGGUUACUGAAGACAGACAAAAGUCUCUAAUACCAGACGCUGGAAACUUUAAAGCACCAGAAAUUUUAAUUGAAACAGAUUCGAUAGAGAGCAAGCAGUAUAAGUACAGUCCGCAACUAGUGUCGCAGGAUUCUGAAACUUCGGAGAGUAAAUGGCAGCAAAUGUCUUUUGAUGAAGAUUAUACGGCAAGCACUGUCUCAACUGAUGGGGAAUAUUCUGAUGAAGGUAGUCUUAAUGAAGAUAGAGGCCAAUUUUCACAAGAAGAGGAAACUUAUAAUCCAAGAAACAAAAACACGCGAUCUUCACCCGUCAGAGCAUCAUUAGAAGAUGAUGAUGAAAAUGAAGAAGUAGAAGAAGAACAAGAUGAAUCUGAGGAUGAAAAAGUUCAGUUAUCACCGCUUCCAGAUCCUAAUUUUGUUCCUAAACCCAUAUUAAAACGAAGAGAGACAGAUAAUUUAAAUAUGAGACCAAAUAUCAUCGAAAAUAACGAAAAACAGGGACUAGAAAAAGAUAAGAAAGAUGAAAAGAUGACAUUGCUAAAAAGAAUUACAAAAAUGCCCGCAGAAACAUUUCAGAAGAAACCUUUUGCACUGCCUAAAAUACUUAACAAAAAAAGGCCAGAAAAAAUACAGGAACAAAAAUCACAAAAUAAUAAAGAUAUAAAAAAUAAUAGCAUAGAAAAUGUGGAUGACAAAGUUAGUGAAGAAAGAAAAACGGUAAUUGAUUAUUACGGUAAUAUAGUAAAAGAAUAUGGCAGUCAUAAGAAAUCUACAACACCGUUAUAUCUCAGUACAGAUGAUUUGAAGAAUGUAGCAGAGAAACAACAUUUAGUUAGUAAUAAAGCAAUUGCAAAUAAAGAUGAUAAUGACAUACCGAAAAAAUCAGAAAAGGUUCAAAAACCCUCCUCUACAAUAAAACAAGAAAAAAAUUUGGAUAGUAAAAUAUCGUUUGUAAAAUCAAAAGCAAAAAAAGUAGUUAAUAAACAAAUAAAAAUGAAGGAACAGAUUCAUGGAUCAAAUUCUGUACAUAAUAUAUUACCGAAAAAACAAAAGGCAGAGACACCAGAAAAUCCUUACAAUACUAAACAAACUAACAAAACAAAACCUCAAGAUACACAAGUACUUUUAAAAACUACUGAAAGAGCUACUAUAGUGAUACCGAUUGAUUAUCAGAAAUUAGAAGAAAAAGCAAAAAGAAAUGUGAGAUCAGCUAUUGAUUACACGGUCGACGUAUGUUUAUUAAUGUUAGCUUUUUGGGUUUACUUUUUUAGGGAUGAAAAAUUAGCAAUCCCAAUCCUUAUUCUUAUUAUAUAUCGUCAGCUGCAAGAGACAUUUCUGUUUAAUAUUCCCGAGUGGAUAAGGAGACACAGUCCUGACUGGCUCAAAAAGAAAGCAUCUUGA